CACAUCAUGACCAAAGGUGACAGUAGCGUGACGGGACGCGUAAGUCCACGCUAGCUUUUCCUUUUCCUGUUCCGACGACAAUGCCCGUGACCACCAAGACGACAGUGAUCCCUGGGGGGGUCAAGCCCUAUUACCAAGCCAAAAUCGAGACCGCAGAGCUGACGAUAAGUCAGAAAACCCAGAAUUUGCGACGGUUAGAGGCACAACGAAAUGCUCUCAAUGCUCGAGUGCGACUGCUGCGUGAAGAGCUGCAGCUACUGCAUGAGCCAGGUAGCUACGUGGGCGAGGUGGUGAAAGUGAUGGGCAAGAAUAAGGUCCUUGUGAAAGUGCAGCCGGAAGGCAAAUACAUUGUCGACCUCGACUCGGAAAUCGACGUCAACCAGCUCAAAGCUUCUCUCCGUAUCGCUCUCCGCUCCGACUCGUACACCAUCCACAAAAUUCUCCCUAACAAAGUCGACCCGCUAGUUUCGCUCAUGAUGGUCGAGAAAGUCCCAGAUAGCACAUACGAGAUGGUCGGAGGUCUCGACAAACAGAUUAAAGAGAUCAAGGAAGUUAUCGAACUCCCGGUGAAGCAUCCAGAACUGUUCGAGUCGUUGGGUAUCGCUCAGCCGAAGGGUGUCCUCUUGUACGGUCCUCCAGGAACAGGCAAGACCCUCUUGGCUCGAGCAGUAGCGCACCAUACGGACUGCAAGUUCAUCAGGGUCAGUGGUAGCGAACUGGUGCAGAAGUACAUUGGUGAGGGUAGUCGGAUGGUGCGAGAGCUAUUCGUCAUGGCUCGAGAGCAUGCGCCAAGUAUCAUCUUCAUGGACGAGAUCGACUCCAUCGGUAGUUCCAGAGGAGACAGCGGUAGUGGUGGCGGAGACUCGGAGGUCCAGAGAACGAUGUUGGAGUUGUUAAACCAGCUGGACGGUUUCGAGUCGACCAAGAACAUUAAGGUCAUCAUGGCUACUAACCGGAUAGACAUCUUGGACUCUGCGUUGCUCCGGCCAGGUCGAAUAGAUCGGAAGAUCGAAUUCCCUCCUCCCGGCCCUGAAGCGCGUGUCGCUAUUCUUCGUAUUCAUUCCCGUAAGAUGUCCUUACAACGUGGUAUAAAUUUACGUGCGCUGGCAGAGAAAAUGGGGCAGUGUUCAGGUGCAGAGGUGCGCGGUAUAUGCACGGAAGCUGGUAUGUACGCUCUCCGGGAACGACGGCAGCAUGUUACACAGGAGGACUUUGAAUUUGCUGUUGCUAAGGUUUUGAAGAAGAACCAAGAAGGAAACACAUCCGUCAGCAAGCUGUUCUCGUAGACUUUGCGGUAAUAAUUUAUAUGAUUGCUUUCGACACCGUAAGGGCCUCCAUGUUAG